UUCAAAAGUGAUCUCAACAUAAUAUAAUGAAUUCGUAUUUAUUUAUGCGUCAAUUUUUUUGCGUCUUCGUCGUUCAUUUCUAAUAAAGUUUUAUGUAAAAGGAAGAAUUACAUUCUUGCCGGUAAUAACGAGGUUUGUUUUAUGUUCGACGUUUCAAAUCUUUAUUCAACUUUACAAUGGAGUAUUGUCCGCCAAACGUAACAUUGGGUGAAAUAUGGGUGGACCAUGGGAUUUCACAAUGUUUUAUGGAAACAGCUAGUGCAGCCUUUAUAGGAGUGUUUCUCCUCAUAUUUGGUGUUAUUCAAAUCAUUAUGUAUAAACGCUAUGCCACUGAAGUUAUGGAUGUUCGGUCAUCAAAAUUGUUUCUAGUUCAACUAUUUUUCACAUUAUUUGUGCCAGUACUAGCUGUGAUAAGGUUUCUGCUUCAGGCCUUUAUGUUUGAAGGAGGACACAUCUAUGGAUAUAUGAUCGUAGCGUUGGUGGUGAAUCUUAUAGUUUUUCCGCUGUCAGCGUACUUGGCGUCGCUUGAGAGGCGAUUUUUGUUGCCUUCAGUGCCGCCGAGGGGACAUGGAUUCGUUUUGCUCGUAUUUUGGGCUUUGAUAUUCGUGUCCGAGAACUUAUCGUUCUUAAAUCUUAAUAAGGAAGGAUGGUGGUGGCAUCUAAAGAACCUCCAAGAUCGCUUGGAAAUGGCAUUAUUCGUAGGGAGAUAUGUGUCUUGUAUGAUCAUGUUCAUAUUGGGAAUGAAGGCUCCAGGUAUUAUGCACCAGUUCGAAUAUCUUGAGGGAGAAGAUGGUAAUAGAAGGAACUUACUUCCAAGGGACGAAAAUAGAUCUACGUUUCGGAAUGUUUUUAGCAAAUUACGAACACUUUUACCUUUCCUUUGGCCAAAGAAGAGUCUUUGGUUGCAAAUCUAUGUGCUUAUAUGUAUUUUGGCUCUAAUUGCUGGAAGAGUAAUCAAUUUGUAUGUUCCCAUCUAUAAUAAACUUAUCGUGAAUAGUCUAUCAAUACCGCCCCUCGAGUUUCGAUGGGACCUGGUGGUGAUUUACGUGCUCUUUAAGUUCCUGCAAGGCGGUGGUACUGGAGGUAUGGGCUUCCUGAACAACCUACGAUCGUUCCUAUGGAUUAGGGUACAGCAGUACACUACUAGAGAGUUACAGUUAGAGUUAUUCAGGCACCUCCACGACCUGCCUCUCAAAUGGCACUUGUCUCGCAAGACGGGAGAGGUUCUGCGAGUUAUGGAUAGAGGAACGGAUUCCAUAGACAACUUAUUGUCGUAUAUUCUGUUCUCUAUUACACCAACGUUGGUGGACAUUAUGGUGGCUGUGGUGUACUUUGUGUCCCAGUAUAAUGUGUGGUUCGGUGUUAUUGUCUUCUCUACUAUGCUGCUUUAUAUACUUGCGACAAUCGCGGUAACGGAAUGGCGGACGAAAUUCCAAAGGCGUAUGAAUCUAGCUGACAACGAACAAAAGGCUCGGUCCGUAGAUUCACUUCUAAAUUACGAAACAGUGAAAUACUAUGGAGCUGAAUCAUAUGAAGUUGUCUCUUAUAAGGAUGCUAUUGUACAUUAUCAGAAAGAAGAAUUCAAAUCGUUGCUUACCUUGAACAUUCUGAACACAAUGCAGAACAUUAUCAUAUGCACUGGCUUACUGGCUGGCUCAUUGUUAGCGGUGUCCAUGGUUGUUCGUACAUAUGAGUUGACGGUCGGUGACUAUGUGUUGUUCGCAUCCUAUAUUGUGCAGUUGUAUGUACCGUUGAACUGGUUUGGAACUUAUUAUAGGGCGAUACAAAAGAACUUCGUGGACAUGGAGAACAUGUUCGACUUAAUGCGAGUGGACUCAGAUGUGAAAGACGCGCUCGGUGCCCCGGAGUUGCUCGUGCGUCGCGGUGGCAUUGAGUUCAAGCACGUGUCCUUUGGCUAUGGACCCGAGAGAUUGGUGCUGAAUAAUAUUAGCUUUAAAGUUGCGCCAGGGUCUACUGUUGCGUUGGUGGGUCCAAGCGGAGCCGGCAAGUCCACAAUUAUGCGUCUCCUAUUCCGUUUCUACGACGUGAACGAGGGCGCGGUGCUGGUGGACGGGCAGGACGUGCGCACGGUCACGCAGGCCUCGCUGCGGGCCAACGUCGGCGUCGUGCCGCAGGACACCGUGCUCUUCAACAACACAGUGCGGUACAAUAUCCAGUAUGGAAGAUUGGGCGCUUCCUCAGCGGACAUCAUAGCGGCGGCGAAGAAUGCUGACAUUCACGACAGAAUACUUACAUUCCCUGAUGCAUAUGAUACACAGGUUGGCGAACGUGGUCUACGUUUGAGUGGUGGUGAAAAGCAAAGAAUAGCUAUAGCUCGAACGUUGCUCAAAGAUCCAGCUAUUGUGCUGUUGGACGAAGCCACGUCAGCGCUCGACACCAAUACGGAGAGGAAUAUUCAGGCGGCUUUAUCACGUGUGUGUGCAAAUCGUACUACAUUAAUAAUAGCGCACAGAUUGUCAACUAUAAUCCACGCAGAUGAAAUUUUAGUACUUAAAGAUGGGGAAAUUAUUGAGAGAGGAAACCACGAACUGCUACUAGCGCAAGGCGGUUUUUACGCAUCAAUGUGGCAACAACAACUCGAAGCGAGAAACAACAACGGCAACGGGAACAACAAUGACAACAACGCUGACGGUCAGAACAACAACAACAAUAGGGCGCCGCAAGUCAACGGUUACGCUAUGACGGGCCACGGUCACGGUCAUGGUCACGGUCACGGUCACUAGCUGGAAAUGGAAUAGAUUAGAAGUGGUACGAAUGUUUCUUUUAGAAUAGGGUUGUAGGGAAGCGAUAUUUCGUUGAUGCAUCUAGAAGAGAAGGACUAAAAGAUUAUUCUGUUUUUUUUUUUUUUUAUUUAAU